AUGGGAGCGGAGCUCAACCAAUUCACCAACCACGUUCAAAACAAAAGCGUUGUUGAACUCGACGCACUGAUUAUUGGCGCUGGUGUCGCAGGCCUGUACCAGCUACACAAGCUUCGGUCGGCUGGAUUGAAUGCGCUUGCUGUGGACACUGCGGAAGACGUUGGGGGUACCUGGUACUGGAACUGCUACCCCGGCGCCAAGUUUGAUUCUGAAUGCUAUGUAUAUCAAUACUUGUUUGAUGAGAAAUUGUACAAAGACUGGUCCUGGAGUGAGCGUUUCCCGGGCCAGCCCGAAAUUGAGCGUUGGCUGCACUACGUUACCGACCGCCUAGGGCUGCGACCCUACUUGCGCUUCUGCACGACAGUCACUGCGGCCGAAUACGAUGAAAAGCGUGGGCGAUGGAUCAUCAAGACGGAUCGAGGACAAACCUACGAUGCACGGUUCUUAAUUGGCUGUUGUGGUAUGCUAUCGGCCCCGUUAGAGAACCGAUUCCCUGGUCAGGAACGAUUCCGUGGACGCAUCUUCCACACCGCUCGUUGGCCCCGUGAGCCAAUUGACCUCAAUGGCAAACGCGUUGGCGUUGUCGGUGUCGGUGCGACUGGAAUCCAAGUUAUCCAGACUAUUGCAGACAAGGUCGGUCAGCUGAAGGUUUUUGUGAGAACGCCGCAGUACGUUGUGCCGAUGAAGAAUCCCAAGUACAAUCCUGAUGACGUCAAUUCGUACAAGAAACGCUUCGAGGAGCUGCGCGAACUCUUGCCAACGACAGCCAGUGGAUUCGAAUACGUGAUCAAGCAUCGCUGGGCGGAUCUGACACCCGAGCAGCGACUUGCGGUGCUCGAGGAGACCUACAACGACGGUUCACUACGUGCGUGGCUCGGUGGUUUCGACGAGAUUUUCACGGACCCGCAGAUCAGUGAAGAGGUGUCGGAGUUUGUACGCGAAAAGAUGCGUGCAAGACUUAAGGACCCAAAACUUAUCGAGAUUUUGGUGCCAACAGAUUACGGGUUCGGGUCGCGCCGAGUCCCUCUGGAAUCUGGUUACCUCGAGGUCUAUCACCGCGACAACGUCGAAGCGAUCUGUGUGCGAAACAAUCCGAUUGUGGAGGUUGUUCCUGAAGGGAUCCGCCUCGCUGAUGGAACCGUACAUGAACUCGAUAUCAUCAUUCUCGCAACUGGUUUCGAUGCGAGCUCCGGAGCCUUUAUACGCAUCGAUAUUCGCGGACGAGACGGCCGCAGCCUCAAGGAGGAAUGGAGUCGGGAUAUCUGCAGUGCGCUUGGUUUGAUGGUGCACGGCUAUCCGAACAUGUUCCUAACAGGAGCGCCGCUCUCGCCUUCGGCAGCUUUGUGCAACAUGACAACGUGUUUACAGCAGCAGGUCGAGUGGAUCACUGACUGUAUCCAGUAUAUACAGGCGAAGGGGCAUAACGUUAUUGAGCCGACAGCCUCAUUCCAGGAGGCCUGGGUGCGGCACCACGAUGACCUGGCAAACAGCACGCUCUUCUCGAAGACGAACUCGUGGUACACCGGCACCAACGUUGAAGGCAAGCCUCGUCGAAUGCUCUCCUACACAGGUGGUGUCGGAAAGUAUCGCCAGAAAUGUGCAGAAGUUGCAGCUGGUGGGUACGAAGGCUUCGCUGUAGCCUAG